AUGAGUCUGUUGGAUCUUCCUAUCGAGAAGACGAAAAAGAAGGUGGUUGAAGAGGAGCCAAAUCCGCCGUUGGACAACACCAAACCCACCAAAGUCGAGGAGGUGGAACAAGAACAGCACGGCGCAAAUGUUGAAGAUGACGACAGCACCAAGGACACAGCUGACACCACAGAUACCAACAAGUCGGUCGAGGUUGAGGUAGUUGAAACCGAGCCUGAAAGUGAGGUUGGAUCAACCACCGAUGCUGCCCGACCGACUGGGGCUACUCCAGGUAACGAAGAGAAGGCCACUCCAAGCUCGUCUGAUGAUAACGCCCCUUUCGACUUUCAGCGGUUUCUGGAACUGCUGCGACACAAGAACGCAGACCCCAUCGCACGAUAUCUCAAGUCCUUUCUCAGCGAAUUCAACAAGAAGAGAUGGACUGUCAAUGAGCAGGUCAAGAUCAUUGGUGAUUUCAAGGAGUUCAUCAGCAACAAGAUCCAACAGAUGCAGAGCCCUCCCUUUGCGGAUAUGACCGACAACGAGCUCGUCAACAUGGAGGAAGGUAUCGAGAAGCUUAUCAUGAACCGGCUUUAUUCAAAGACAUAUUCUCCUGAGGUGGUCAAGCUGGACAAUGCGGACAGCAUAGGUGUUCUUCAUGCGAAGAAUCCCAGUGCCGCUGCAGACGGAAACGAAGAGGAUCUUAUCCGAGAUCAUGUAUUGGAAGAGAAACUGCUGCUUUGGGGAUGGAUCGAAGGCCGUCAUUUGGAUAUUGACGAUAAGUUCUGGAAAUCGGGUGCAUCGUUUGUGACUUUGGCAAGUGAGGAACUUCGAAAGAUUAACAACUACAGAGCUCCCCGGGAUAAGAUGAUUUGCGUGCUCAACUGCUGCAAGGUCAUCUUUGGACUUCUGAGACAGACCAAGAGUGAGGAAUCCGCAGACGGGUUCCUUCCUUUGCUUAUUUAUGUGGUUCUCAAGGCCCAGCCGCAGCACCUGAUUUCUAACCUCAACUAUAUUCAGCGGUUCAGAUCGAGCGAGCGGCUUAGCGGAGAGCCCGGGUACUAUCUUUCUUCGCUGCUGGGAGCCGUUGCUUUUGUUGAGCAGCUGGACAAGUCGUCGUUGAGCAUCACCGAUGAGGACUUUGAUACCAACCUGGAACAAACUCUGGCUGAGAUUGCUGAGAAGAACGCCAAGAAGGAGCAGGAGGCCGCCGAGGAGGCCAAGCAGAAGGCUCUUGCGCCACCAGACACCCCCGGCAGAGCUGAUUCACAAUCUCCAGCUCUGUCACCUGAGAGCAGCACUCCUUCUAACAUUCUCAUGAGCUCUGCAGGACUCAUUACUAGCCCCUUCAAGUCGCUCAGUAAGUUCUUUGAGGGCAGCUUUGACGAUGCGGGAGCUUCAACGGAGGACGCUACUCCCCAGUCUGAAGCUGAGAGCAUCGCUGUUGCCCAGGGUCUGUCUCACCAGGAGGCAGCUGCUCGACAAGCCUCUGCUGAGGAGUACGAGGCUCAAAGAAUCCAAAAUGAGGAACACGCUUCUGUGGUCAACACUCUGCACCAAAUGUUCCCUAUCCUCGAUCACGAAAUCAUUGAAGAUAUCGUGAGAGAGAAGAAAUGCAACGUUGGAGCUGCUGUUGACUACUGUCUUAUGCUGGUUGGUGAGUCCUGA